AAGCGAGCCGAGGCUUGACAGCCCCGCGCCGGGCCCCCGCCGCCCCGCCAGGCCGCCUCCCGAGGCGCCCCCGCAGACGCCAUACUAAAAGCCAAAAUGGCUGCCCCGAGGAAGCCCGCACCGCGCCGCGACUGAGGACCGGGGGCCGAGCUUCUGCGGGAAAGGGGGAGGGGGACGCCCGCCGAGCCGUCGCCGGGACCGCCGCCCCCCCCACCGAGCCGCGCAGGUUCAAGUUACAGCCACAAGUUGCCUUUAACACUGGGCAGAAGGGAAAAAUGAUCAAAUUUUUUCUCAUGGUGAAUAAGCAAGGGCAGACCCGGCUCUCUAAGUACUAUGAACAUGUGGAGAUCCGCAAGCGGACACUGCUGGAAACAGAAGUUAUAAAGAGCUGCCUCUCUCGGUCCAGCGAGCAGUGCUCUUUCAUCGAAUAUAAGGACUUUAAGCUGAUUUAUCGACAGUAUGCAGCUCUCUUCAUUGUGGUUGGAGUUAAUGACACUGAGAAUGAGAUGGCAAUUUAUGAAUUCAUCCAUAAUUUUGUGGAAGUUUUAGAUGAGUAUUUCAGCCGAGUGAGUGAAUUAGAUAUAAUGUUUAAUUUAGACAAAGUACAUAUCAUUUUGGAUGAGAUGGUGUUAAAUGGCUGCAUUGUGGAAACUAAUCGGGCAAGAAUUCUUGCUCCUCUACUGAUUCUUGAUAAGAUGUCAGAAAGUUGAAAAUAAAAGGCUCUACCAAACAAUGACCUACAGGAGAAGUGGAAACACCAUGGAAUACCUCUCAUGUCUUACUUAACCCAGAAGAAUCUGGAGGAUCACAUACUGCAAAAUAAAGAGUAUCUGUCUGAAGUCAAGUUACAUAGGUGUUCUUCCCAAUUCCUAAAUGAAAAAUAAAACA